AUGACGACCUUACCGGGAACCGUUCCUCGGAUGAUGCGCCCGGCCUCCGGACAGACCUACCCCAGGAGCGGCUUCCCUCUGGAAGUUUCUACACCUUUAGGCCAAGGCCGAGUCAAUCAGUUGGGGGGCGUCUUCAUCAACGGGCGGCCUCUGCCCAACCACAUCCGGCACAAGAUCGUCGAGAUGGCUCACCACGGGAUCCGACCCUGCGUCAUCUCCCGACAGCUGCGGGUCUCCCACGGUUGCGUGUCCAAGAUCCUGUGCCGCUACCAGGAGACCGGCUCCAUCCGGCCGGGGGCCAUCGGGGGCAGCAAGCCCAGGCAGGUCGCAACACCCGACGUGGAGAAGAGAAUCGAGCAAUACAAGAGCGACAGCCCCGGAAUUUUCAGCUGGGAGAUCCGAGAUAAGCUGCUCAAGGACGGCGUGUGCGACAGGAGCAGCGUCCCCUCAGGUGAGGCGUUCGCUGUGAGUUCCAUCAGUCGAAUCCUGAGAGCUCGUUUUGGGAAGAAGGACGAGGACGAGGACGAAGAAGAGUGCUUCAAAAAGGACGAAGAGGAGGACAAGAAAACCAAGCACAGCAUCGAUGGCAUCCUGAGGGAUAAAGGCAGUCGAAUGGAUGAAGUGUCGGACGUGGAGUCGGAGCCCGAUCUGCCCCUCAAGAGGAAGCAGCGCAGGAGUCGCACCACCUUUACAGCCGAGCAGCUGGAAGAACUGGAGAAGGCUUUCGAAAGGACCCACUACCCGGAUAUUUACACGAGGGAGGAGCUGGCCCAGAUGACCAAACUCACCGAGGCGCGGGUGCAGGUGUGGUUCAGCAAUCGCAGGGCCAGAUGGCGAAAACAAGCAGGAGCCAAUCAGCUAACAGCUUUCAACCCUCUGUUGCCGAGCGGAUUUCCCCCCGCAGGGAUGCCAACACUUCCUACAUACCAACUGGCAGACUCCAGCUACUCGAGCAAUAUUUUGUCCCAAGAUGGCGGAGGUACCGUUCACCGGCCCCAACCGCUCCCUCCGUCCACCAUGCACCAGAGCGCUCUCUCUGCCAAUGACAGCUGUUCCACCUACGGGUUAGCUUCUAAUCGUCACGGGUUUUCUGGCUACUCCGACACCUUCAUGACAUCUGCGCCGAGCGGCCACGUCAACCCGGUCAACGCUGGGCUUUCCCCGCAGGUGAUGAGCAUCCUGAGUAACCCGAGCGGCGUUUCGUCCCAACCCCAGCACGACUUUUCGGUGUCGCCGCUCCACAGCAUGUUGGAAGCCCCCCCGCCCAACGCCGCGUCGGCCCCCGGCAGCCAGCGUUCCACCGAGGCCUCCAGUAAGACGGUGGACAGCCUUUCAUCUUCCCAGUCCUACUGUCCCCCAACGUACAGCGCUACCAACUACAGCGUGGACCCGGCUGUGGCUGCCGUGGGCUACCAGUACACCCAGUAUGGCCAGAGUAAGUCACGCCGGUGUCCCGGCUUAUACUUAUACUUAUACCGGCGUGAUACUCGUCGCUUACUUUUCAGCCUCAAGCUAGCGUUUGCUGACAGGAUCUCAAAGAGCAUUAUACUUGAUCCCUGUCGCAUGGAUCUGGUGAUUGUUGGUCAAAUGCAGAGUAGGGCAAGCUACCAGACUAGAGUCUCGUGGGUUAAGCUUCUUUUCCUCCGAUGUACUGUGGGGGGAAGACAGCAACCGGGCUGGAUCGUGACUAGUGAAAAUCCGGAGAUAAUUGCGCUGAAAAAAAAAAAUCGUUUUUGUAAAACCCCUGAAUUCUUGAACAGGCCUUGAUGAACCACCAAUAGCGUUUUUGGGGUUGGUUGGCUGGUUGGCUGAGAUCAUUGCUUCGAUCUCACCUCUGGUCUUCCCGUGUGAAGUUUGCAGGUUCUUCUUGUGCUUGUGUGGGUUUUGUUCAGGUACUCUGGCUUCCUCUCAGAUAAAAAAAAAAAAAAAAAAAGCUUCUGAGGUUAUUUGAAAACUGAACAUAGCUCACAGAUGUGAAUGUGAGAGUAAUUAAAAAAAAAAAAAUACUAUGUGCCCUACAACUGGCUGUUCACCAAUCCAGGGUCCACGCCAAAAUGAGAUGGGAUUGGCUUCAUGACCCUCAUUAGGACAAGCAGUAUGAAAAAUGAAUGAAUAGAUAACAUUUUGUAAAAAAAAAAGUCGAAGUAGGUUUAAAACUGAAAUAUAGUACAAAUAUUUUUCACUGACACCAACAUAGGUGAACCAUGCACAUGAAAUUAUUGUCAUCAUGGUGGUGUUUCAAGUGUUGUUUUGACAAUUAUUUCUCUUCAUUUACAAAAUGGCUAUUUUAAAAUCA